CUGUCGCACGCAUUUGGUUCGGAGGUUCGGAGUCAGCUGUCAAGAUCUAUAUCCUGCUGCAAUACCAGCAAUACCAGCAUCGGUUUUUCACUUCAGUUGAAAUGUUUACCGCUACGCGCGCUAGUAUCGAUUCUUGACUAGUUUAGGCUUUUUCCACGUGAGGCGCUACCCUCAAUUUUGAUAUGACUGAUCACACAACAAUAACCAAUAACCGCUUCGAGUCGCGGGCGCGGGGAGUUGCGGGGAUCGCGAUAAUUCUCCGCUCGCCGCAGCAGCCGCUUUGUUGUGUCAAUCAUAACCUCAAAUUUGACUAGCGACGAUGCCGAAGAUCGAUCAAAUGCUUUAUUUCAUAUACCGUGAUACCGAGUAUACCAUUAUUAUACUAUGAACAAAAUACUCAGUUGUUUUCAUUCUCAUUUCGGAUAAUCAGUUGCGACCAUCGUUGCGUCAAAUAUAUAUUCUUCAAUUUUCGUUCGACAAUUGCGGUCCAAAGAAGAGAAGAAAAGAAAGCAUGACUGCUGCACAAUCGUUCGGCUCUGAUGCUCUAUCGACCUUUACUCUUAAACAAGAAAAAGACGAUUGUUCCAACGAUAAUGAGGAUGAGAAAGAGGAAGAUAGCAAUGAGGAGGACGCGGACGGAGCCGAGGACGACGACGAAAGCAACGAAGGUGAUAAUGAUGAUGACAGUAACGCGGAAGAGGAGGAAGAGACGUUAACGUAUGAUGAUGGUGAAGAUGUUAUGGACGUUUCAUCAUUGGCACAACCGUCCAUCCUCGAUAAAGAGUCUUUCGAAUACACUAAAUCCAAUGAUGAAUUUCUUCGUCUUACUUCCAUGGUACGGCGCGUCUACUUCUCCUACCUUCACAAAUCUAUAAUCGGUAAUUACAAUAUAUGUUGGCAAGAAAAAAAUGAAAAGCCAGUUACAAAGUUGGAAUUGAAAAAGUUUGCUAGUAGGAUGGAAUUGUGCGCAGUAAAGGCUUCCCUGGAAGCAUCGUUAUACAGACGAUCGAUGCUCAAAAUGAUUUCGGAUAUCAAAAGCAAUACAUCCAGCAAAAAAACGUAUGAAAAAUUACAAAUGUUUUUGGAAACGCCGCCAAAUGUGGUGGACGUAGCGAUACAAACUAACGAAAAUUGUAUUAUGAAACCGGAAAAAAAAUGUGAAUCAAAGACUCUCCGUUCGGAUGAGAACAUACGCAUACGGAGUUCAUUUGUAACAUCAAACUCGAAGGAAUAUGAAAAAAAAACGAGCGAACUGAGCAAAAAUUUGGAUGAUAGGAUUACAGAGUUACUAAAGAACGAGGAUCAUUCGAAAUCCGUGCAGCUGGAAACAGCAAGGCUCAAUGAAAAUUUAACGAUUAAAAUAAAAAAAGAAAACAAAGAUUUUGCGCCACUGAUACAUUGCGAUGAAAUUAGUAGCAUCUCCGCAAAGUUGCCCGGCAAAGUACAAAAAAAGCGGCGGCAGCGGAGAUCGAUCGUCGUGACACCUCUGGAAAACCAACGUUCGAGCGAAGAUCAGUUACGAGAGAUUUUGGAGAAGGACGACGAUGGUGGUGGUGGUGGUGGUGGUGGUGGUAGCAGUGGCGGCGGUGAAACAAUACUCCGAGGAACAAAGAGCUCUAUCGUCGAUAACGAUAUGAUAGCAGCGACGGUGGUGACUGUAGGACAAGAGACGGAAGAAGGAUCGCAGGACUCGCUGAUGCGAAAUUUGGAAGACAUGUUCUGUGAGAGUGACGAUAGCAGCGAUCUAAUGACUUUGAUCGAAAAACACUCCGGCGUGACAAAGGCUAAUAUCGAUUCGGAAAUUGAAAAGAUGUGUCUAGGCGAUGAGGAGUCUCACGAGUUGAAAGACCAGGAGAAAAAGCAGCAGCCGCCGUCGUCGUUGAUCGCGCAUCAACGGGAAGCAUUAAAAAAUUCUAUGGAGGAGAAAAAUGUUUCAAGUGGGACGAGUGGCAAGAGAAAGCUUAGCUUUAGCAAUUACAAAAAGAUGAAGAAACGCGCUAUAGGAGAUAUCGAAACGCCGCCACCACCGCCGCACGAGGAAACGGCUGAGGAAAGACAAAAUCGUAAAAUUCGCGGUAUAUGGUUCGUCGAGAGGGUUCAUCAAGUAGCUAAGCUGGAUGCAAAAAUGAUGGAACUCUCGAUGAAAGAUUAUCGCAAGCACGGGCGCAUUUGUGCUAAGUUUAUCGAAUUGUUUGGGGCUCCGGACGAGGAAGAAACGAUGCCAGAAUCGCCUAUACGCAUCGAAGAACAUUUGACAGCAUGCAAAGAACGUAUAGCACCGUGGGUCGUUAAAUAUCUCAUGCCCUAUUAUACCAAGAGAAUUAUCGAUAAUCGAUUGUUAUUCAAAACCGUCGCCAAACACAUUGCUGACAUGUUAAUUAUCGAAAAGACAUUUCCAGAGGAAGACUGCGUAGAUGCUUACAUCAGGGAUUAUUUUCGAAACAAGACUUCUAUAAAAAUCGAAUCGGACAUAUACGUAUAAUCGGAUGUCCGUGAUGUAUUGAACGAGUAAAAAAAAAAAAAGAAAAAAAUCAAGCAGGAAAAGCGCCAUUUUGCGCUUGCUGCCUCGAAGGACAAAAUGUAAUUACCCGAGAGGAAUUACCUUUCUAAAAUGUGCUCGUGUACCACCGCCACGAUCGCCCAUGAUUAUUCCUGUAAAUAGUAAACUUUGUUAAUCGGGGUGGAUGGAUGCACGGUAUCGUCACCACUCUCAUUUUUUUUUUUCUGGAUCAUCCGCGUCAGCCUUGGUGCGUCAAAUGAAACACAUUCUCAACAACCACUAAUUUUUCGUAUCGUUGAUCAUUGUAUUUCAAAAAAUACACAUAUUAUAGACAUCAAUAAAUUAUUUACAAACA